AUGUUCUCCGCGUUUCGUGCGGCGCCAGGGUCGUGGCGUGCGCGCGUACACGGCGCGUUCAUGGCGCGGGUGCGCCGCAACCCGACGCUCUUUUUCGGGGUGCCGUUUAUCGGCUCGAUUGUCUUUGCCUCGUUUGCGCUGACGAGCCUCACGCAGAUCCGCUACAUCCAGCACGAGCAACGCCACAAGACGCUCUCCCAGGAAGAAAACCUGAAACUCAAGAGCGACCGCAAGCCCCUCGAUAUCCGCGAAGAGUACUUUAAGCUCCAGGCGAAAGACGACGGUCUGGACGACUGGGAGCCGAAGCGCGUCGCGCGCCCGGCCGGCAUGCCGGAGUGGGGCGGCGUGCCGCAGCCCGCCGCACCGGGCAAGGAGGCGGUCGCGGCCGACACAUCGCAGCACUCGGGCUCGUCGUUCUUUGCGCGCCGCGUCGCACACGCAGAAGAGGCGCACGAAGCGGACACGACGCCGGCGCCGCCGGCGCGGCGGCCGCCGACCGUCCUCGGGCCGGACGGCAAACCGUGCCGCGCGUGCAAUGCGCGCACGGCCUUUGGCGCCGCGAUGCGCACGCAGGCCAAGAAGCACGACGCGUGCCCCCCGGACAUUGAGGAGCUCGGACGGAGUACAUGGACGUUUUUACAUAGCGCCGCGGCGCACUAUCCAGACGAGCCGAGCGACGUGCAGCGCACGCACAUGCGCUCGGUGCUCGAGGCGCUGCCGCACGUCUAUCCCUGCGCGACCUGCGCCGCGGAGCUCCACGAAGAGUACGGCCGCCAGGCGCCGGAGGCGCGUGCAGAUGCAGUGGACAGCGCAACGGCGCUGCAGGUAUAUGUCUGCACGCUGCACAACGAGGUGAAUGCGCGCCUCGGGAAGAAGGUAUGGGACUGCAGCGACCUGAAGCGCUUGCGCCACCGUUGGUACGAGCCACCAGAGGAUAGGGAAUGCUAA